UCCUGUUGUGCAUUUCUGUGUGUGUGUGUGUGUGUGCUUUGACAUGCAUGCAUGAUGGAUGGUGCUUUGUGUGCUGCUGCCACAAAGUGGAGGAGCAGGGUAUCGGGAGGAUGUCGGAGCAGCAGAGUGCCCCGGAGCCGCUGGCUGCUGGGAAGAGCCAGCAGGGAGGAGCUGGAGCCACAUACAAGGUUUUGCUGUUUGAGUUUGAGAACUUCCAGGGCUGCAAGGCGGAGUUUUCAGCAGAGUGCAAAGAUGUGACAGCUGGGAGACUCGAGAAGGUUGGAUCUGUGAUCGUUGAGUCGGGACCAUGGGCGGGUUAUGAUCGUCAUGGCUUCACAGGGGAGCAGUUUAUUCUGGAGAAGGGCGAGUAUCCACGCUGGGACACCUGGACCAACAGUCAGAACAGCGACACCCUCUUGUCUCUAAGGCCACUCAAAGUGGACGGUGAUGAACACAAGGUACUCCUCUAUGAGAACCCUGGAUUUACUGGUAGAAAGAUGGAGAUCGUCGAUGAUGAUGUGCCCACUUUGUGGGGCCACGGUUUUCAGGAUCGUGUGGCCAGUGUCAAGUCUCUAAACGGAACAUGGGUCGGCUACAUGUACCCAGGCUACAGGGGGCGCCAGUUUAUCUUCGAGAGAGGAGAUUUCAAGCACUGGAACGACUGGGAGGCCCCUUCACCUCAGAUCCAGUCUGUCCGACGUGUGCGAGACAUGCAGUGGCACAAGAGGGGUUGUUUCCUUGACCCGGCUCCGGCUCCGGCUCCUGGCCCCAGCCCGGACCCUGAGCCUGCGCCAGCACCUCCUGCACCUCCUGCUACAGCUGGAGCCAGCUGAGCAGCAUCCUCACAGCCUACCACGGCCUCCCCCCACACUGCCGACAGUGCCUGCCCUCUAACUUAACCUUACCAUGGCAAACAAUGCGUGUGCCCAUUGAGGAGUAUGUAUGUUUCAGUGGCGAAUAAAGUUGUUUGACCUGGA